AUGGACGGCGUCCGCGUGCGCCAGUGCGCGGGCGCACCGGCCGUGUUGCGCCAGGCCACGCCUCCGAUGCGCCGCGGCGCGCUCCCGCCGCCGCUCUGCACGGCCCGAGCGCCUCCGCCGGUCGUGCACACCGAUGCAGACGCGUGCGCGGAGCGCCCGGCGAAGAGGGCGUCCGUGGCGACGCACGCGCGCCCGCGCCGGCGGAAGUACCGUCAUGCGGCGCACAGCAGCAGCGCGAAGGCGCGCGAGGGGCAGACGCACGCGCCCGGCGACCGGCGGCGCGGGUUGGCGGAUCAAAGGGCCGUCGAUCCGGCGCUCUUCGGCUACCAGCGGCAGUUCGUGGACGCUGUGUCGCGCGAUGUUGACGCGCCGGACCACAACGGCAACACCCCGCUGAUGCGCGCGGUCCUCGCCGGCGACCGGGGGCUCGUCAAGGAGCUCCUCGAGCACCACGGCGUGCUCGUGAACGGCAAGCAGCCCGAGGGCUGGCCCAAGCACUGGGAGGCGCGGCGCACGACCGCGCUGCACAUGGCCAUCCUCAUGCGCUCCGUCGACCUCACGCAGCUCCUCCUCCAGCACGGAGCCAAUCCGAAUGGCAAAGACGCACACUCCGUCCCGCCCAUCAUGUAUCUCUAUCCCUGGGGGGAAGCAUCCAGCGGCGGCGCCGGCCCGUCGAGCGGAUACGCCUUCUCGACCAACGGGCCGCCUCCCGCGAGCGCCACGCCGCCGCCGGAGCGCCCCGCGCCCCUGUCGUCGCCCGCCGAGUCCCACGCGCUCGCGCACCUCGCGGAGGUCACCGCGCGGCGCUGGGGCGCGGCGUCCGCGGACGCCGCGCCGCACAGCCUCGAGGACGAGAUGUACCGCACCGUGAGCGACCCGCUCGGCGCGUACGGCGAGCUUCUCGGCGAAAUGGACCUCGUGGAGGCGACUGUGGUGCGGCAGCGCGAGGCGAUCCUCGCGGCGCUGCUGCAGAGCGGCGCGAAGGCGCGCGGGAUGGGCUGGACCGGCGGCACGCAGCCGCUGGUCUGGGCGGCCUCGCGCGCGCUCACGGGCGAGGUGGCGCUGCUCCUCGGCGCGGGCUGCGGACCGAACGCGCGCGACGCGGAGCUGCAGACGCCGCUGCACAUCGCGUGCCGGCAGGCGAACGUCCCGCUCGCGAUGCUGCUGAUCGAGCACGGCGCGGAGAUCGAGACGGAGGACGCGGGGCGGCGGACGCCGCUGCACUAUGCGGCGGCACACGCGCCGCCCGGGGUCGUCGCGGCGCUGCUGAGCCACGGCGCGCACCCGGCGCGGCGCGACGCGCAGGGCCGCACGCCGCUCGAGCUCGCGCUAUCGGUCGGCGCCUGUCCGGAACGGACGGUGGAGUUGUUGCUACGCGCCGGCAGCGCGACGCGCGGGUCCGGCGGGCUGCUGGUCGCGGCGCUGCGGAGCGGGCGCGCGGACCUCGCGCGCAUGCUGCUCACGGCGGGCGUCGCCGCGACGGGCCGCGCGGGCGCCGCUGCGCUGGCACUUGCGUGUGCGAGCGGCGACGCGGAUGUCGUGCGCGAGCUGGUCGCGGCGGGCGCGGACCCGGCCGAGCCGGGUCCGGACGGCGUGAGCGCGCUCGAGGACGCGGCGUUCCGCCUCGAGCAGGCCCGGCGCGCGGGAACGCCUGCUGAGAGCGUCGCGGCGGCUGCGCGGCCGUGGGAGGUGCCGGCGGCGCGUGCGGGGGCGUCGCGGGCGGAGCGCGAGCACGCGGAGCACGUGCGGCGGCUGGAGGGCGUCGUGGAGGUGCUCGAGGCGAACAGGGGGCUCGUCGGCGGCCCCGUGCACCCGGAGCUGACGGACGACAUGAGGGUGGGGGGGGUGCGUGCGGAGGGGUACCGGCGCGCGCUGCUGGAGCACGACCACAGCGAGGCGGGCGUGCGCACGUUCUACCCCGACGACCCGUGGGACGGAUGA